AACAAAUCACACAUCGCUGUUUUAAUGCCCGGUUGAGUGAAAAAACAGCGGGCUUGGUUGAUUUUUCUUAGCAUUUUUCAACAAAAAUUUUGUUAUAUCAAAAGAAAAAAGCAAAAGAACUAUAAUUUUAAAUAUUUUGGAAUAAAAACUAAUAUUCCAAAAUGACUAUCGGCAAGAAUAACAAAAUGAUCCAGCACCUGAACUACAGGGUGCGGAUUGUGCUCCAAGACUCGCGAACUUUCAUUGGAACUUUCAAGGCCUUCGACAAACACAUGAAUCUGAUUCUCGGCGAUUGUGAGGAGUUUAGGAAAAUCAGACCGAAGAAUACUAAACUACCUGAGAGAGAGGAGAAACGUGUUUUAGGAUUCGUUCUCCUUCGAGGAGAGAAUAUUGUCUCCUUGACAGUUGAGGGUCCACCACCACCAGAAGAGGGCCUCCCAAGAGUACCAAUUCCAGGUGCUGCUCCUGGACCUGGAAUGGGUCGUGCUUCUGGUCGUGGUGUACCGGUAAAUAUCUCUUCAGUUCCUGCCGGUCUUCAGGGUCCAGUGCGAGGAGUUGGAGGGCCAUCACAACAGCAUAUGGCUCCUUUGGGUCGUGGUGUUCCACGUAAUCCAAUGAUGGGAGCCCCACCACCGGGAAUGAUGCCUGGCAUGCCACCAAUGCCAGCGAAUAUGGGUCGUGGGGCACCACCGCCAAUGCGGGGUCCACCACCCGGAAUGAUGCGUGGAGGUCCUCCACCCGGUCGUGGUGGAUAUUAAAUAACUUCCAAAAAAGCAACUUCUUUUUACAUUAUUUUCUCUAAUUUUAAAACUUAUUUACGCCGUAACAUUGUGUGUGUAAUUCUGAAAUAAAUUUAAUAAAAUGAAUUAAA